UUUGCAGCAUAGCAGUUGUAAGUUGUCACGUAGUCUGACUGACCUGAGUGGGUAGUGUUUGAAUGGCAUUGGUCUGAUUUGUUUUUGAACUCCUGUGGCCCAGUGAGAUUGCAUUCCUGGAGAAAGGAAGGAGUUGUUUGUGUGCCAGUGAAGGUGUUGAGUCACUGGCUUCCUAGGACAGGCUCAUUGUUUGGCCAGGGUUUCUGCCUGGAAGGAUUCUUGCUGCUGAAAGAUGAGUUGAGGCUCUAUGAGGAAAAUACCUUUGUGAUGUCAUUUCCUUGCUGCUCCGCCUAAAUCUGCCUGGCUGAUUGGAGCCCAGGGGAAUGUUGGCAGCUGGUGGAAUUUGAUUGUUGCAACAGGCCUCGAGGAAUCCACAGAGCCAGGGAUGCUGGUGAAUGGUGCAUGGCCAGCCCCCACGGCAGAUAACCAUCCGCCCACUGCUAUGGACAGUGCUGUCACCUUGUGGCAGUUCCUGCUCCAGCUCCUGCAGGAUCCACAGAAUAAGGAUGUGAUCUGCUGGACAUCCAACGAUGGGGAGUUCAAGCUUCUACAGGCGGAGGAGGUGGCUCGUCUCUGGGGGAUCCGCAAGAACAAGCUGACCAUGAAUUACGACAAGCUCAGCCGGGCCCUCAGAUACUACUAUGUAAAGAACAUCAUCAAAAAAGUGAAUGGUCAGAAGUUUGUAUACAAGUUUGUCUCUUAUCCAGAGAUUUUGAAGAUGGAUCCAAUGACAGUGGGCAGGAUUGAGAGAGAUUCUGAGAUUUUGAACUUCAGUGACAUCAACAGUGGUUCCAAGGACACGGAGAGUGGCGGGAAGGAGAAACCCCCUCUGCCUGCUGCCAAGGCGUCCAGUCGCAAUGACUACAUUCACUCUGGGCUGUAUUCAUCCUUCACUCUGAACUCUUUGAACUCCUGCACUAAGAGACUUUCCAAAUCAAUGAAGAUUGAGAAUCCAGCUGAGAAACUGGCUGAGAAGAAGUCUCCUCAGGAGCCAGCAGCAUCUGUAAUCAAAUUUGUCACAACACCUUCCAAAAAGUCACCGGGUGAACUGGCUGCCACUGCCGUGCCAGCCGGCCCAGAUAUUUCUCCAUCUUCAGAGGAAACCAUGCAAACACUGGAGACGCUGGUUUCCCCCAAACUGCCGUUUCUGGAGGCUCCAAGCUCUGCGUGCAGCGUGCCGGCCACGUUCACCAGCACAGCACCUGGCCUGGCCCUUUCCCCUGCCGUGCAGGAGCCUCCCAGCAGCACCCCUUCACCCCCUCUGAGCUCCAACGAAGACCUCGACACAGAUAUUGACUCAGUUGCCUCUCAGCCUGUGGCACUUCCCGAAAACUUGUCGCUGGAGCCUAAAGACCAGGAUUCAGCUCUGCCAGAAAAGGACAAAACCAGCAAUUCAUCAAGGUCCAAGAAACCCAAAGGGUUGGAACUGGCACCCACCCUGGUGAUCACGGGCAGUGAUCCGAGUCCCCUGGGAAUACUAAGUCCCUCUCUGCCUACAGCGUCUCUCACACCGGCUCUCUUCUCACAGACCCCCAUCCUCCUGACCCCGAGCCCGCUGCUGUCCAGUAUCCACUUCUGGAGCACCCUCAGCCCCGUUGCUCCCCUGAGUCCAGCCAGGUUGCAAGGUGCUAACACACUUUUUCAGUUUCCUUCUGUACUGAAUACUCAUGGGCCAUUCACUCUCCCUGGCCUGGAUGGACCCUCCACGCCUGGCCCGUUUUCCCCAGACCUACAGAAGACAUAGUCUAUGCACUCAAGGAAUGAGAACCAUAAAGCAAAGAAACCGAGGGACACUCGGCAGGAUUGCCUUUGAAGUGAGCAGCUGGUGUUCGGCAGUGCUGACGAGAGACCGUUCCCCAUGGGACACUUUGUAGGAUUCCCUUUGCCUAGAACUCAAGAGGACUAUGUAUAAAAAUGCCUUAAUUGGAGCUCAGACUCCACCUCCCCCUUCCAUUUUUAUUUUCUUUUUAAAUAUUGUGAGCUUUGUGCUAAAGUAACCUUUAGUGGAGUUUAGCAGCUAUGCUUUACAGGAACGAUCAAGAACAAAGUUACUCAUUCCUGGCUCUUGGGACCUCUGGACAGGAAAAAAUUACACUUAGAGUCUGUUAUUUAAAGAAAUAGCAGUUAGAUGAAAUGGGCUGCAUCUUUAAGACUAAGCGGGCUCUGGUGAAUGACUGCAGAUGAGCUGCUCAUGCGCAGUGGAAGCAAGAGCCAUCCUGAGUCCUCCAUUCAAGGCACACCAAGAAUCUCCUCCCACUGUGCCAUGCGCCAUGAGCAGCUGACACCUGGGGAAGGCAACUGGUUUACAUUGACUUAGGGUGGGUCUCCCAGCUGCAGACUAUAGCCUGGGCCUGUCAGCAGUGCAGGGAGCUAGUGUAUUUCAGUAUCAAAAGAUUUCUAAACCUGGGGUUUUAAGACAGUUUUUGGAAGAUCCAGUGAGAACAUGGGACCCCAUACAUAGCCCAGAAGGGUUCCCUGUUCUCUGAGAAUGAUCUGAUGAUGCCCGCAUGGCAUGCACCCUAGGAAAUGAGGCUUUUUUGAAAGAGGAACUUGGGUGUUCAAGUGUUGAGAAUGACAGAUCCAGUUGCCUUAUUUGAAGCAGCAUGUGGAGCUUUUCUUGGUUAGAAAUACCCAGAGUGAAGGAAUCUCACCUUUCUGCUGACGUGCUGUCUUUUCCUGUGGCAUAUUUGUCAUCUUUCCUUUGAAAUGUAAGGUUGCUAAAGGCUGUAGCCAUUUUAAAGAGGUGGUAGUAGGGGGGUAAAGCUGGCUUAUUUCUUGUGAACCCUGUUUUGUUAAUAAUUGGAGAAGAGUGUGGCCUUGGAGUUGGCUUGUGAUGCAGGGCGGGUGUAGCCCUCUCUGCACCACCACAGUUGUAGACUCGUCCCAACUAGAAGUUUGCCAGAUGCACACAGCUUUGUUGAGCCUCACUCUGAACUGAUAGCAAUAUUUCAGUGUUGUCUUUUGAAAAUUUUGCUUGGAAAUCAAACCCUGUCACCACCAUGACCUGUCCAUCAAAUUAGUCUUUUUAGUCCCACCCUUGAAUCACACAAACCAAACAGAAUGAAUAAGUCAGUUCUUAAGGGCUUAAAAUGACACUGGUACAAACCAGCAUCUUGCACGGUGUUCACUUCAAGUUCAUUGUUGCGCCAUGUAGACACGCUGCUGGGGAUGUCUCCAGGUUUGGUCACUAGUAGAGGAGGGAAGUACUCAGUGAGCUGCCGUGACUGCUCAUGCGUGGUCAUCAGCCCGAAGUUCUGUUCUUGAAAUGUGCAAUAGUAAUGUUGAGAGGCAGUCAGGACUGGUGGAGAGCAGACGCUCCAAACUUUCUCCCUGUACUGAAUGAAUUAGUUAGCUUGCUUGCCUGCUUGGAAUUAGAGCUCUCACAGCACUUUGGAAAAAAACAUUUUUUUAGAUUAGCAUUUUGUAUUUUGGAUAGGUAAAUAUUGAUAGGUAGGUGUAACUAGAUGUUUUAAAUUUGAAUACAAAAAAGUGUUUAUCUUUUUGAAUUAAAGGAGAAAAGCCAUUGGUUUGUUUUCAC